AAAUUCAUAUUAAGCUAUAAAUCAUUCAUAAAUCAUUAGUAUUUAGUAUUAUUUAAUACUACAAUGUAAUGUCAAUCAUUCAUUACUCGUGUAACUAAGUAUCACAUUAGUAAUUUAUUAAAUCUACUGAUUAGAUCAUAAUAUAAUAAAAUUUGAUUAAACCAACGUACACGUAUAAAAUACGAUAAUGUGCAUAUAAUACGGUAUUGCUAAAAUUAUAGCUUACAGUUAUCAAUAUUUGUAAUCGUAAUCGUAAUAUAACAGACUUUGACAUCACGGCAUCAAUGAUUCGCGGUAUUCGCACGGUGAGUUUAUCUUGCUACGGUUUACCGGAUGAAUAAUUACCAACUAUGUUUAACACGAACAAUAUAAAUGAAGACCUUUAUAAUUAGUGAACAGUCGUGGGAUCAUUAUUUUUUAAAGUGUUCUGGCUCUUAUUAUCAUUGCGUUCGCCAGAACAACAUAACCUCUAACGAAAUAUGUUUCCGUCGAAGGAUCUAGGAAAAUCGGAUUAUAUCAGUUUAAAUAUCCAGGAUAGUGCAACAUUCUCGCGAGGAUCAUCACGUAGUCUCUGGAGGCAAUGGAAUCAAUUGUCAAGGUUUCAGAGAAAUAUUCUUUACUUUAUAGUCAUUACGAUCAUAUUAGUUAUAUUUUAUCUGUUACCUGGCGAUAACAAAAAUGGAGUUUUAGAUGAAAGUGAUUACAAUAACAUAGAGGUAGUGCAAGAUACUCCUAAAUAUGAAAAGCCAGUAGAAGAAAUUGCAGUAGAUAAUGUAAAUCAGGAACAUAAGGGAGGUGGAGAGGUCAUUGAGGAACCUGAAUUCCAACCAGAAAUAAAUCAGGUGGAUGAUGAUCAAAUUGGAGAACCACCUCAACCUAAGCCGAACACACUCAAAUUUAAUGGACCACAAAAUAAUAGACAAAAAGCUGUAGUUGCAGCAUUUAAACAUUCAUGGAAUGGAUAUAAAGAAUAUGCUUGGGGAUAUGAUAAUGUGAAACCAAUAUCAAGAAAGUACUAUGAAUGGUUUGGCUUAGGGCUUACUAUAGUUGAUUCUCUCGAUACUAUGUACAUAAUGGGCUUAAAUAAUGAAUUUUUAGAAGCCAAACUAUGGGUUGAGAAAAAUUUAGUAUUUACUUCAAACAGAGAUGUUAAUUUAUUUGAAGUUACGAUUAGAGUAUUAGGAGGUCUAUUAUCCGCAUAUCAUCUUUCAGGUGACAAGAUUUUCUUAAGUAAGGCUACAGCGUUAGGGGAACGUAUGAUGCCAGCGUUUUCUACUUCAUCUGGUGUUCCUUAUUCCGACGUAAAUCUUGGUACUAAAACUGCGCAUGGUCCUAAAUGGGGUCCUGAUAGUAGUACAAGCGAAGUUACUUCCAUUCAAUUGGAAUUUCGUGAUUUAAGUCGUAGUACAGGAGACCCUAAAUUCGAGGAAGCAGUAGCAAAAGUUUCGGAACAUGUACACCAGUUAGAAAAAUACGAUGGUUUAGUACCCAUUUUCAUUAACGCUAAUACUGGACAAUUUAGAGAUCAUGCAACAAUUACGCUUGGCGCUCGUGGUGAUAGUUAUUACGAAUAUUUAUUGAAACAAUGGCUUCAAACUGGGAAGACUAUUAAUUACCUACGAGAUGAUUAUCUGUUAGGUAUUGCUGGAACUCAAAAACACUUAGUAAAACGUACAGCAAUUAAUAAGUAUCUUUUCAUAGCGGAGCUAGUUGGAGCACACAAAGAAAUAACACCAAAAAUGGAUCACCUUACAUGUUACUUGGGAGGUACAUUAGCUUUAGGAGUACAUCAUGGUUUAUCAUCUGAUCAUAUGGAUUUAGCUAAUGAAAUUGUAAAAACUUGUUAUCAAACGUACGCAAUUCAACCCACGUUUCUCGCUCCAGAAAUCACGUACUUCAAUACUGAGAACUCAAAUGGAGAAAAAUCAAUGGAUAUGUAUGUGAAGAUGAAUGAUGCACAUAAUUUACUCAGACCAGAGUUUAUUGAAAGUCUUUUCUACAUGUGGUAUUUUACUGGUAAUAAAACAUUUCAAGACUGGGGGUGGCAAAUAUUCCAAGCUUUUGAAAAUUAUACAAAAGUGGAAAAGGGGUACACCAGCAUUGGUAAUGUAAGGAUCGUUUAUAAUACACCACAAAAAGAUAUGACAGAAAGUUUUUGGUUUGCUGAAACUUUGAAAUACUUAUACUUGUUGUUUGACGAUACAAGGCAAUUAAUAGACUUGGAUAGAUGGGUAUUCAAUUCUGAAGGACAUCCAUUACCCAUAUACGAAUCAUAAUCAAGUUUGGUCACAAAAUUUCAUGUAUAAAUUUGCA